AUGACCUUAGUAGAGCCAGAAGUCGUGUGGCAGAAUAGUGAACUACUCCGAGGAGAAGGAGUUGUUCAUUGUUGAAACCAGGGAAGACUUUUCUGCAGCAAAUUUAUACUUUCAUAUUUUACUAUGACACCUCUACAUUUUCUGGUGGUUCUUCUUCUUGCGUCAGUUGAAGCUCAGCUGAAUCCUCUGGGGAGGUUUGGAAAGUGCAUCGAUGUGAAGGCGAAGGAUGUUAAUGAGGCUGAUCUCGAAGGGACGUGGUACUUACAAUACAGACCCGAGAACCCAGAUCACUAUGUCCACACUUGCCAAGCACAAUACGACCACGAGACUAAGGACGGGAUACUCCAUAGUCUUCUGUAUUUCUACAACAAAGGAAAGUCCGUGAAUGAGCCGCAACAUAUCAAGUACCAAAAGAUCAAGCCUGGUGUGUACAAGCGAGGAAUUACUGUAGAUGAAGCAGCUGUUUAUAUUAAGCUAUAUGUACUUGAUUUCGACACAGAGAAGAACUCCAGGGUUCUCUACUACUGCACAGACUCUAACAGUGCAAAUCCAGAUAUUUUCAACGUUCAGAUUGCUACCAGAGAUCAAGUUCCGACGAACCUCAAAGAAGUUUUUGCCGCUGGUGAAUCCAAGUUGCAAGAAGCCUCUUCAAAGUUCAAAGUUCCCUUGAUGAAGGUAGAGCAGUCUACUGCGAAAUGUGCGCCCCUCAUUGUAGAAAAGGGUGCUAUGGACAAGUAUUUGGGUUGAGUAAUAAACAUUGUUUACAAAACUCAUUAUGGGAGUAUAUAUUUAAAGUAUAUGUAAACAAAUAUGAUAAAUCCUAUUAGACAUUU